GGAGACAUGGCCCACCGUGUCCAUUCAUUAUAUGGAAUGCUGGCCGCAGCCUAGACCAUAAAAGAGAUACUUCGUGUGCUCAACUGACCCUGGACUUACGAACCGAGCUGCAUGAUCCGGGGUAAGCGUCUCAUCUCCGCACCCCAGAUUCACAGCCUGACCAACGACCACGAUGAUCUCCAGACGCACCCUCACACACGUACGCCGCGCACACAUCCUCUCGCGCACGCUGUCCAGCCGCGCGUCCGCGGUGCUCGGCGCCCUCGACAUACCGACGGCGCGGGAGGUCCCUGGCGUGUACGACGGCGCGUGGUCCGGCAGUGGAGAGGUGUUUGAGAGCGUGUGCCCCACGACGGGCGAGGUGCUCGCGAGAGUGCAGGGCGCGUCGCCGCAGGAGCUGCAGGCUGCCAUCGAGAAGUCUCGGGAGGCGUACCACUUCUUCCGGUCUGUGCCCGCUCCUCGGAGGGGCGAAAUCCUCAGACAGAUACGCGAAGCCUUGGCUGCGAAGAGAGAUGAGCUCGGCGCGCUCAUUUCGUUGGAAAUGGGCAAGAUUCGCACAGAAGGUGUAGGGGAGGUGCAAGAGUUUGUUGACAUUGCAGACUAUGCUACUGGCCUGUCCCGAAUGAUGAACGGCAGAGUAGUCGCUUCGGAGAGGCCUGGCCAUAGCAUUCUAGAAGUGCCGAAUCCUCUGGGAGUCGUUGCGGUUCUCUCCGCUUUCAACUUCCCAGUGGCUGUAUAUGGCUGGAAUCUCGCCCUGUCGCUUGCCGCAGGCAACGCAACAUUGUGGAAGCCUUCUCCGACCACGCCGCUGUGCUCUGUUGCUGUCACCAAGAUUGUGUCAAGCGUCUUGGAAAGAAAUAAUAUCCCUGGCGCUGUGGCAGGACUCGUGGUUGGCGGCAAGAAUGUCGGCGAAGCCGUUGUAGAAAGCGAACAUGUCAACAUGGUGUCUUUCACUGGGAGCGAAAAUGUCGGACGUCAGGUUGGCAAGGUUGUCCAAUCCCGCUUCAGCAAGCUUUUGCUAGAACUAGGCGGAAACAAUGCCUCGAUCGUCAUGCCCGACGCGGACCUGUCUCUUGCUGCACCGGCAGUAUUCUUCGGAGCAGUUGGUACAGCAGGCCAGCGCUGCACGUCCACGCGUCGCCUGUAUCUUCACCAGGACAUUGCACCUGCCUUCCUUUCGCGUCUGCAGGAUAUGUACAACAAGCUCAAGCCCGGUGACCCGCUCGCGCCUGCGACGCUCUUCGGGCCGCUGCACACCCGCGCCGCCAUUGGCAUAUACUCUUCCGCGAUCCAGCGCCUCAAGAACAGCGACGCGCAGAUCCUGUGCGGCGGGCAGACGUACGCGUCCUCGGAGCUUCCGAGCGAGCUGCACGGCGGCAACUGGGUGAAGCCGACGAUUGCAGUCCCGACGAAGGUCGACCUCGCCAGCGACAUUUGGAGAGCGGAGACGUUCGCACCUGUGCUGUGUGUCGCGACGUUCAGCGAGCUCGAGCAGGCGAUCGAGUGGAACAACGGCGUGCCGCAGGGCCUGAGCAGCUCGCUCUGGACGCGGGACAUCAGGAACGUGGGCAAGUGGAUUGGCCCCGCUGGGUCGGACGCCGGCAUUGUCAACGUCAACGUCGGCACUAGCGGUGCGGAGAUUGGUGCCGGGUUCGGUGGCAACAAGAGCACUGGAUGGGGACGCGAGUCGGGCGGAGAGUCGUGGAAGCAGUAUGUGCGCUGGAGCACGUGCACGGUCAACUUCUCAGACGAGGCACCCUUGGCACAGGGUGUCAACUUCUCUGCGGCGUGAGGGACAUGAUGUCAUUCUGCGGAAAGAAUAUGGACAGUUUCUUUACGCUGUAUAGUGGUGCACUUAGAACGGAUACAUCACUCGGAUGGAACAUAAAGGUUCGCUACGUAGCAAGUAUUUUGACGAAAGGGCCACGAUGCGACUGCCCACCCGUCACCUCCCGAGGGGCAUAGGCUGUGGUGCUGAUGUGCUCGUACGUCCGGGCUGAACCGUAAGCAAGGGCAGAUAGGACGCGAUCAAUGCUGAUACACAGAUCAGGAGGCCACUGUACGGGUUAUUUGAACCCUCCUUUGACCGAAGGGGGUUCUGGUUGAAGAUGCUCAUCAACGUGAGGAAGACGUUGGGCCAGGCCAAGUAGCGAUUACGUGUAACCAUGAUAAGCCCAGAAAUAAACAGGACCAUCCCGCUCAUGCUGUCCAGAGAAUCUGUCUUCCAUUUCUCAGGGAAAGACAUACGCGUCUCCGCCGACGCGUCCCGGGGGUCGUCACCAGCGGUGGUUGUCGACAUGGUGGUUGUGAGCAAGC